CGGAACUGGAUAAUCGCUCCUAGGCGGAGUCCGGAGCAUAACACCCGGGGCAUGAUGGCGGCCGGGCUUCGGCCGCUGCCCCGGGUUCGGCUGAACUCGGGGAAAGCGGGCUGAGGCGGCGGCUGCUGCGGCCCGGACCCCGAGCGUCGGGGCCUCGAACGGAUAAAGACCUCCGGCCAGCGGAAAACCAACUCCUCUGAAGCCAGAGCUGUGCAAGGUCACUGAUGGUCACCUAGCGUCUUCGCUGUAAGGCAGGUCCUCAGGGUUCGUGCCGGUUUGCAGACAUGUUCACCGUAUCUCAGACCUCCAGAGCAUGGUUCAUUGACAGAGCUCGGCAGGCACGGGAAGAAAGGCUGGGGCAGAAGGGGCGGGAGCGCUCCGCUGUGAUCAUUCAGGCUCUUGUCCGCAGCUUCCUCUGCCGGAGGCGACUGCACAGGGGCAUCAGGAGAGAGAUUGAUGAGUUUUUCAGCACGGAUGACUCUGGCUCCAGUAAAAGAAGUGCACUAUGUAUUUUUAAGAUUGCCAGGAAGCUGCUGUUCAUAUGCAAAACUAAAGAGGACCAUGAGAGACUGGAGAAGUUGUGCCGUAGCAUCCUGAGCAGCAUGGAUGCAGAGAAUGAGCCAAAGGUAUGGUACGUGUCCCUGGCUCUUUCCAAGGACCUCACUCUGCUAUGGAUCAAGCAGAUCAAAAGCAUCCUGUGGUACUGCUGCGAGCUUCUUGAACAGCUCAAGCCGGAAAUCUUACAAGACUCCAGGCUCAUCACACUACACCUCACCAUGCUUGUCACCUUCACAGACACUUCAACGUGGAAGAUUCUCCGGGGAAAAGGUGAGAGCCUUCGGCCAGCCCUGAACCACAUUUGUGCAAAUAUAAUGGGCCAUCUCAACCAGCGUGGAUUUUACUCUGUGUUACAGGUACUGCUGACCCGAGGCCUGGCCAGAUCCCGGCCCUGUCUGUCCCCAGGCACGCUAACGGCGGCCUUCUCUCUGGCCUUGCGCCCUGUAGUUGCUGCACAGUUCUCAGACAAUCUGAUGCGACCGUUUGUCAUCCACAUCAUGUCGGUACCUGCUCUGGUGACUCAUCUCAGCACGGUGGCCCCUGAGCGUCUCAGUGUUUUAGAAUCCCAUGACAUGCUUCGCAAAUUCAUCGUCUUUCUAAGAGACAGAGACCGAUGCCUCGAUGCUUGUGAAAGUUUAGAAGGCUGCCAUACGCUGUGUCUCAUGGGUAACAUCCUCCACUUGGGCUCCCUCAACCCCAAGGUGUUAGAGGAAGAAACAGACGGGUUUGUCAGCUUGCUCACGCAGAUGCUGUGCUACUGCCAGAAGUACGUGUCCCAGAAGAAGUCCAACCUCACCCACUGGCACCCUGUGCUCGGCUGGUUUUCCCAGUCUGUGGACUACGGCCUCAACGAGUCCAUGUACCUGAUCACCAAACAGCUGCAGUUCCUGUGGGGGGUGCCCUUCAUCCGCAUUUUCUUCUGUGACAUCCUCAGCAAGAAGCUGCUGGAGCACCCUGAACCCGCCCCUGCGCAGCCGUCCUCCCCACAGAACGUGCUCCCAGUGAAGAGUCUCCUCAAACGAGCAUUUCAGAAGUCGGCCUCAGUUCGGAACAUCCUCAGGCCUGUCGGGGGCCGGCGUGUAGACUCCGCUGAGGUGCAGAAGGUCUGCAGCAUCUGUGUCCUCUACCAGACCUCACUGACGACUCUCACCCAGAUCCGCCUGCAGAUCCUCACAGGGCUUACAUACCUCGAUGACUUGCUGCCCAAGCUGUGGGCAUUUAUCUGUGAGCUGGGGCCUCACGGAGGGUUAAAGCUCUUCUUGGAAUGCUUGAACAAUGACACCGGAGAGUCCAAGCAGCUCCUGGCCAUGCUGAUGCUGUUCUGUGAUUGUUCCCGGCACCUCAUCACCAUCCUCGAUGACAUUGAAGUGUAUGAAGAGCAAAUCUCAUUCAAGCUGGAAGAACUAGUCACCAUCUCCUGUUUCCUCAAUUCCUUCGUGUUUAAGAUGAUCUGGGACGGGAUCGUAGAGAACGCCAAGGGAGAGACCUUGGAGCUGUUCCAGUCCGUCCACGGGUGGCUGAUGGUGCUGUAUGAGCGCGACUGCCGGCGGCGCUUUGCUCCUGAGGACCACUGGCUUCGAAAGGAUCUCAAGCCCGGCGUGCUCUUCCAGGAACUUGACAGGGACCGCAAGAGGGCUCAGCUGAUCCUGCAACACAUCCCCCAUGUUGUUCCUCACAAGAAUAGAGUCCUCCUGUUCCGGAAUAUGGUUACCAAGGAGAAAGAGAAGCUGGGGCUUGUGGAGACCAGCUCUGCCUCCCCUCACGUCACUCACAUCACUGUCCGAAGGUCCCGGAUGCUGGAGGACGGCUACGAACAGCUUCGCCAGCUCUCCCAGCAUGCCAUGAAGGGUGUGAUCCGAGUGAAGUUCGUCAACGACCUUGGGGUGGAUGAAGCUGGCAUCGACCAGGAUGGUGUCUUUAAGGAGUUUUUGGAGGAGAUCAUCAAGAGGGUGUUUGACCCAGCACUCAAUCUGUUCAAGACAACCAGCGGAGAUGAGAGGCUCUACCCCUCACCCACAUCCUACAUCCAUGAGAACUACCUGCAGCUCUUCGAGUUUGUGGGGAAGAUGCUGGGGAAGGCAGUCUAUGAGGGCAUCGUGGUGGACGUGCCCUUUGCCUCUUUCUUCCUGAGCCAGAUGCUCGGGCACCACCAUAGCGUCUUCUACAGCUCUGUGGAUGAGCUCCCGUCACUGGACUCAGAGUUUUAUAAAAACCUCACCUCCAUCAAGCGCUAUGAUGGAGACAUCGCUGACCUCGGGCUGACACUGUCUUACGAUGAAGACGUCAUGGGUCAGCUUGUCUGCCAUGAACUGAUUCCUGGAGGGAAAACCAUUCCUGUUACAAAUGAAAAUAAAAUUAGCUACAUCCAUCUGAUGGCACAUUUUCGAAUGCACACGCAAAUCAAGAACCAGACAGCUGCUCUCAUUAGUGGUUUCCGUUCUAUUAUUAAGCCUGAGUGGAUCCGAAUGUUCUCUACCCCUGAGCUUCAGCGUCUCAUCUCUGGGGACAACGCCGAGAUCGACCUGGAGGAUUUAAAGAAGCACACGGUGUACUACGGAGGCUUCCAUGGGAGCCACAGGGUCAUCAUCUGGCUCUGGGAUAUUCUGGCUUCUGACUUCACACCCGAUGAAAGAGCCAUGUUCCUGAAGUUUGUGACCAGCUGCUCCAGACCCCCACUCCUAGGAUUUGCCUACCUCAAGCCUCCCUUCUCCAUCCGCUGUGUGGAAGUGUCAGAUGACCAGGACACUGGGGACACCCUGGGAAGUGUGCUCAGGGGCUUCUUCACCAUCCGCAAGCGGGAGCCAGGUGGACGUCUGCCCACGUCUUCCACUUGCUUCAACCUGCUCAAGCUGCCCAACUACAGCAAGAAAAGUGUCCUCCGAGAGAAACUGCGCUACGCCAUCAGCAUGAACACAGGAUUUGAGCUCUCCUAGCCCAGCCCCAGUCCGAUCUUACCCACCUGCCCUCUAGAGCACCCAGAGGACGGAGCCCUCAGGCUCCUGGAGGUGACAUGCUCCCAGGGGUGUGGCCAGCCUACUUGAGUCCUCAGACACUCUCAAUAGCCAUGAGAUGCCCAGGUGUGGGAUGCUGUGUAGCAUGCUCAGCGUGCUGGGGAGUGCUGUUGAAAUGAGCCCCUGGUUAUCCCCCUGUGCGCCCCUUCCUGCCUUCUAGCAGAGGGGCUCCCAGUGGUUCUGUGAGGCUUUCUUCCUCUGCCCUCUGAGUACACACAGCCUGUGCCUGUGGGCUCCUCCUUCCGUUCUGAAAACUCAGGUAAGGCCUCGUCGCCAAGCCUCUAUGCACGGCAGAGUCCCUGCCUCUACCCUGCCCACAGCAGCCUCUUCCCAGGCCAUCAAAGCCAGCUCAUGCCGGGGAGGCUGCCCAGCACAGUUCAGGGUCUCCUACAGGGGAGCAGGUGUCCCACACCUCAACCCUCCCUCCCAAGUCCUCAGCAGGCCAUGCAGUCAGGGGACCCUUGCUGUCAGGCCCUGCCCUGUGCAUUGGUACCCUAGCUUAGGACAGAAACUUGCCACCCUGGAGAGCUGAGCUGCCCCAUUUCUGAGUACCCAGAGCCUACUGGCUCUGCGUGCCUGCUCUCCUCGUCACCUUACAGAGAAACACAAGAGCUACAGCAUCUGUCACCUGGGCCGUGCUUUGUUCCAGGAACUGCAAAGCCGGUCCCGUCCCAUGCACAGGGGCCCUUCUGCACUGAGAGGCCUCGCAGGCUGAGGUGUGUCCAAACGCCUUGGCCGCCGCCGUUGGCUGCGCUCCGUUUCGGACUUCAUUCUGUUUUCCCACCUAUCGUGCUCCUGGGCCCUCCUUUCCCCUUUUAUCAUAAGAACUUUCUCGAGGUUCUGGAUGCUGAGGCAGAGGCUCUGGGCUCAGUGUCUCUUGUCUCAUCAAGUUCUUACACCCUCCACCCUGGUAGAGGCCAGGAGCCCUGGUCUCUUCUCCACUCUGUGGAGCCAGCUUAGGGCUAAUAGCGUUCACAGCAAGUAAACACCUUCCAUCAGGAACCUGUACGGGAAAGUGGGCGUGUCCUGUUCCCACUUCAGCAAGAAGCUAUGGCUUGAAGCGUGGAAGGGUGGCAAGGUCCUUGGAAGAUGUCUGGCGCCAUGUGUGUCCUCAGCUUGCCCACAGGUCCCUGUGCCCUGUGCACCAAUAACACGGAGCCUGAGAAUUACAACAGGGCCAUGGGGAGUGGGUCUCCCCAAUAUCAACGUGACCUGUUUGAUUUUGACCUAGGGUUGCUGUAGUUCACUUCAAGCCUGCUUCCCAGAAGUUGCAAUGUCAUACUAUCCAAGCGCCAAGUCUGUCUUAGCUGGUGGUCACUGGCACCCUGUUGGCUCCAAAGUGGGAGUGGGACCUCUGUUUUGUAGGUAACUUGUGGACUAAGAUAUGUCAGGGCUCUAUUAAAUUUGUACUUGAGCAUA